ACCAGGAAGCGAAUGGCGGAAAUGUAAAUCCACCUCACGCUUCAAGCGGAGAUUUAAGUGAAGAUAACACUCUUGUUUUUUUGAAAGGAGGGGACAGCCAAUUAAUAAGCGACAAAUGUCAUCUCACGAAAACGGCGGACCCUUUUAAGAGGACGAUGUCGUGGCGUCUGAGCACCUGGCUAGCUCGCUAACUAAGUCAAUGGGCGCACAGACAGCCAGUCAGUGACUGAGGGGACUGACAGCCUGCCAGAUUUACACCGACACAUGGCCCUGCUCCUCAGCUAGCCGAGGGAGAGACGACACCAGCGAAAUGUUCCAGAAAACAUCGUUCACCACUCUGAUCGUGGGAGUGUUUGUGGUGUACGUGCUCCACACCUGCUGGGUGAUGUAUGGGAUAGUGUACACCAAACCCUGUGACAGCCCCAGAGGAGACAACUGUAUCACACCGUUCCUAGCGGGGAAACCUAAACUACAGUUGAGCGUCUACAGUGCGCUGCGGCCCAAUGCAGAUGGAGGACACACUCUUAUCCACAAAGAGGAGAGCUUUGAUGUCAGCACCAGGUUUGAGAGGACGGUGAACGUCUCCCUCCCUAAGAAGACCCGCAACAAUGGGACUUUGUACGCCUUAAUAUUUGUCCAUCAAGCUGGCGUCACCCCAUGGCAGGAUCCAAGACAAGUCCACCUGGUGGCUCAGCUCACCACAUACAUGGUCCCAAAGCCUCCUGAAAUCUCUCUGAUCGCCGGAGAUGACCAAACACAGGGCCAGAAAGAGGAACCCCAGCAGCAGAAGCAGCGUCAGGGAAGCCCUGCAGCAGGGGCCGGAGCUGGAGACGGACCCUCCUCCGUGUCGGAUAACCCGGUUUCCCACUGGCGCAGCCGCCUGACACUCAACGUUGUCAGCGACCACUUCGUCUUUGAUAGAGAAUACCUGCCUAGUGACGUACACAGAUACCUCACAGUCUUCCAGAAUGGUAGGAAGAUGGUGUAUCUACCUCUGCUGUUUGUCGACGAACUCAGUAACCGAGUCAAGGACCUGGUGGAGAUCCACAGUACCACCAAGGAGCUCCCUCUGACCAUCUCCUACGACUCCAUAUCUCUGGGAAGACUACGAUUCUGGAUCCACAUGCAAGACGCUGUCUACUCACUGCAGCAGUUUGGUUUCACUGAGAAAGAUGCUGAUGAGAUAAAAGGAAUCUUUGUCGACACCAACCUGUACUUCCUGGCUCUCACUUUCUUCGUCGCAGCCUUCCAUCUCCUCUUUGACUUCCUGGCCUUCAAAAAUGACAUCAGCUUCUGGAAACAGAAGAAAAGCAUGGUGGGAAUGUCCAGCAAAGCAGUGCUGUGGCGAUGUUUCAGCACCAUCGUGAUCUUCCUCUAUCUGUUCGAUGAGCAGACCAGCCUGCUGGUGCUCAUACCUGCCGGCAUUGGCUCCAUCAUUGAGGUGUGGAAGGUGAAGAAGGCCUUUAAGAUCCAGGUUUUCUGGAAAGGAGGCAAACCGACAUUCUUGUUUGGGAAGUUAGAUGAAUCAGAGAGGAGAACAGAAGAGUACGACACUCUGGCAAUGAAAUAUCUCUCAUAUCUGCUGUACCCGUUGUGUAUUGGAGGAGCUGUGUAUGCACUAAUAUUCCUACGAUAUAAGAGCUGGUACUCUUGGUUGAUCAACAGUUUGGUCAACGGUGUGUAUGCCUUCGGCUUCCUCUUCAUGCUUCCUCAACUGUUUGUCAACUAUAAGCUGAAAUCUGUGGCCCACCUGCCCUGGAAAGCCUUCAUGUACAAGGCAUUCAACACCUUCAUCGACGAUGUGUUUGCCUUCAUCAUCACCAUGCCAACGUCCCACAGACUGGCCUGCUUCAGAGAUGACGUGGUCUUUCUCAUUUACCUCUACCAGAGAUGGCUCUAUCCAGUGGACAAGACAAGAGUGAACGAAUACGGAGUUUCUUAUGACGAGCCGCCCAAAGGAAAGAGUCACAAGGACUAGAAAAGAAAGACUGGCUCUCGGCUGGUCUGGCCUAGUAUCUGCUGGUUUGGUCUGCUGUCCACUGGGCUUGUCUGGUAUCCAUUAAUCUUGUCUGGUCUGGUAUCUACUGUAGUUUCUACUGGGCCGGUGUGAGAAUCCAGACUUGUGAACAAACAUGCACCAGAAGAAAAAUGCUGUUUUUUUGUGUCUGGUCAGGCGGUUGUAAAUGGACCAGGUGCAUAAACACAACCUUAUGGUUUUAUUUUUUCCCCACACUAAACCCAUAAUGCAAAGUGUUGAAAAGUACAAAUCUCCUUCUCACAGUCUGGAAACUCUUUAUGCAUCUGGCCCAUGGACUGAACAAUGUGAAUGGCUUUUUCCUCUCUGUGUUUGGGGCAAAGAAAGGACACUAGAGUUGGAAAACAGUGUAUCCUUUUGAUAUUAAUGAUUUUAAAAGCCCCUUAUUAUAGGAAUUCAGCUUUUGCUUUAUUUAUACACAUGUAUAGUUAAAAUUUGGGUUUGUUAGAGUGGUUAAAUUGAAAAUUACUGCAUUUUUAAAAAUACACCAGAUUUUACAGCCAGUUUCACCUUUUAAAGUUACAUGUAACAAAGAGGAUUUACUGAUUUGAGCAUGUGCACCUUUGCAGAAAUUCAGGAGCUACCCAGAAACCGCUGUCAGCACCAUUAUUCAUGCUUUUUUUACUGCCAGUCCGCAGUCUUAAUAACUGCAUAAAAGGGAAUAUUUCCCCCUAAGACCUUGGAGUCAGACCCAUAUAAUCUGAGCUGGAUCUGCUUUGCCUCAUCUGAUACGGUACGUGUUCAAGUGUGAUGUUGAAACUGGGUUCUUACAUGGCGCUGACUGAGUGGUUGUGAGAGGCUUGUAAUGGUGCUUGACAUUGAAUAGACUGCACUAGAAAUUUGUGCACUAAAAACCUAAAAUAGUCUGCCUAAGUGAAAUAACACUUGAAGCCUAAUGGGUACUAGGAGCAGUGUAACAUACCGACAAAUGAAAACAUGAAAGGACAGAAAAGAACAAGCGAACAAAUUUUGCUCUUUUGCAUACAUCGCCACUUUAACAUUCAUUGCUGCAGCUGCAGUGUGACUUCAAUUUUUCUCGGUCCAGUUUCACGUCCGCUCAUUUUGUCUGCCAGUGACAGACGUUAAGCCCAAACUAAACAAAAAACAAAGCAGCUGCUGGCAUAUUUUUUUUAAACCACAGAAUCACUUUGUGUUUUUAAUGUCACCUUCAGUUGUACAAAGGAAAGGCUUAUUCUGGUCCUGCUGCUGCCGGGGUUCAGGACGACUGGGCUGCAGGUAGUGAUGCUGUUUGGUCCCAAAGACUCCAGCAGCAUGUGGAUCUCCUCCAUCUUGUUUGCAUCACAGGUGCUAGUCUUUCUCUUCUCUCUAUGUCUGUCCUUCAAAGAGAAUUAUGUGUGCACAAAUAUUGAUUGGGCUGCGCUCAGCAACAGGACUAAAAUGUGAAUUAGUGCAUUACAAAUUACGCUCAGAUUGCCCCUAACAAACAUUGUCUGUCUGCUUUUUUUUUUUUUUUUUUUUUUUUUUAUAAAGCUGCCCUGAGGAAACAUGAUGAUUUUUUUAUGAUCACAAAUUGCAGUGGACUAAAAGAGUGCAAUUUGAGAACUAGUUUGGCUCCAUCUGUUUUUGGAACCAAACUCUUUCAUAAAAAAAUUUAAAAAAUGUUUCCUCACAGAAGUGGAAUGAAUUGAUUGGACAUUCCCCAUCAUCAACAUUUCUGAUUAGUUCACUGGCCCGCUUUAGGCGAAGGUGGAGAGUACCGAGAUAUUUUACUCAAGUGGAUACACUGUUACUGCAGAUAAAUGUGCAGAUACACUGUAAAUAAUUCAGUCACAGUUUUAGUGUUUCAGUGAGAAUAGCUCGUUGAAAAGAUGUUUAUGUAUGCUCUCGCUUUUGAACAUAAUCAGUUUGUGGAUGUUUCACAGUUGUCACCCGAAAUAAUCAAAAUAGAUAAAGCUAAAUUCAAUUGUGGAGAGUUUAAUGUAACUGUUGUACCUGCUGCUCUUUGGUCUAAAAGUAAUGAAUAUGCAUGUAAAAAGUAGGAACAAAUUUUUAAAAUGAUCAAGACAGAAGUUAAGAAAAAUGUAGUCCUAAAAAAAAAAAAAAAAAAGCAUUACUUAAAAGUGCACAACCCAAACUUGAGUCAUUUUAACGAUGUACUUUCCA